AGGCCGAGUCCACGGCGAAGCGACCUCGCACCACCAUCACCGCCAAACAACUGGAAACCUUGAAAAACGCCUACAACAACUCGCCCAAGCCAGCGCGGCAUGUCAGGGAGCAGCUGUCUUCCGAAACAGGCCUGGAUAUGAGAGUCGUCCAGGUGUGGUUCCAGAACAGAAGGGCCAAAGAGAAACGCCUGAAGAAGGAUGCCGGAAGGCAGAGGUGGGGCCAAUAUUUCAGAAACAUGAAGCGGUCCAGGGGGAACUCCAAAUCGGACAAGGACAGCAUCCAGGAAGGAGGGCCAGACAGUGAUGCCGAGGUUUCUUUCACAGAUGAACCUUCCAUAUCGGACAUCAACCAUCCCAAUGGGAUUUACAGCAGCAGCCUCGGGGAAAACUCCCCCGUCCUGGCGAAACCACCUGGGAGCAGUGGAAACUUCUCCUUGGAACACGGUGGCCUCCCAACUCAGGACCAGUUCCACGAUCUCCGGUCCAACAGCCCUUACGGGAUACCCCCCUCACCAGGGUCCUUACAAGCUAUGUCUGGCCACCCUUCCUUAAUGUCCGGCUUGGUUUACCCAGACCACGGCUUGGGCAUCGUAGGCCAAGGCGGACAAUCGGUGCCUCAACCCAUGAGGGUUUUGAGUGGGAAUGGGCCCAAUUCAGACCUCUCUUCGGGAAGCAGCGGAGGCUAUCCGGAUUUCCCAGCCAGCCCGGCUUCUUGGCUAGAUGAAGUUGACCACGCACAGUUUUGA